CAACCAAAGUUAUUCUCUACUUGUGAAAUUUAAGCAAAGUAUCCGCCUAACCAAAUAACUGUUCAGAAAUGAGAAAUCCCUUUUGGAUGUUUUAAAAAGACUGACCAUAUAAACCGAUCAUGAUCAUAAUCCAUAAUAUAACCUUCAUAUAGAGACAUCUCAUGUCUCCCACUUGUCAAAUAGGCCAAAAAAACAGAACCCCAUGAAGUUUGACAAAGAAAUCUCUCACCCCAUCCAUCCACACCACAAGCUCAAGCUUGAAUACACAGAAAUCCCAUUCAAUUGUGAUGGCUGCAAAGAAGCUGGAAUAGGCCUCAAGUACAAGUGCCUGCGGUGCGAGUUUGACCUGCACAAGGCCUGCGCCGUGGCCCGUCCCAGAAUAACACAUCCCUUCUACAACAAGUGUGAUUUUCAGCUCCACUACACUCCCCCUGGUGGCGCCAGGAGGCGAUGCGACGCCUGCAGAAAUGAAGUGUUGGGGUUUGUUUAUCACUGCAGGAGGUGUGAUUUUGAUCUUCACCCUUGUUGCGCCAACCUGCCACAAGUCCUGCAGGAUGAUGAUGGGCGCGCCUUUUACUUGUGCCUUAAGUUAUCUGGCGCGUGCCAUUGCUGCGGUGGCAAGGGGCCUGGAUGGUCAUACAGAUCGGACUGCAGGGCCUAUAACCUUCAUGUGUCAUGCGUGAAGGAGCUGCUUGUGGAGAGUUGGCAAGCGAUGUAUCUAAAUGUGGACAAGAACAAGGUUAGGGAGAUUCAGACUAGGAUUCCGAGUCUUAAGGGGACAUUGCAAAACCAUCACCAUGGUGGCAGAGGAGGGAAGGUGAGGAAGUGUUGUGAGAUUGCUGGCGGUGCAGUUCGGAUUAUCGUGUCCGCGAUUCUGGGAGAUCCGACUGCUCUGAUUGGUGCUGUGGUUGGGGGAUUCAUGUCCAAGUAGAAGUUAAAGGACAUUUAACAAAUUAAGAUGAGUACAUGUUUACUAUGUUUGUGAUGGCGGUGUUUGUUCAUUUUAAUCUCUUUGUUUCGUUUAUUGCCCGUAAAAUUUAAGUGUUGCUUGUGAUGUAUGUGUUUGUUCAAACUUAAGAACAUAUAUACGUAUGAAUAUAGAUUCUAUAAACUUGUCUGAUCUGUUUAGUUGGCUUAACAAUAUUUGAAACGAAAACCAGCAACCAAUAUUUUUCCUGUUUCAGUUUUUUCAACAAAAUUCAUAAGCCGAAUGUUUGAAAUUCUGUACGUGAGGACCAAUCAAAACUUGCAGUGGAGAAGGGGAAACGACAAAAUAGUCACUCCAUAUACCAUUUGGUACUUAGAGCAUUACAUCUGAUAGAUUGUGAUCCGUUAUGUAGCGAUCCACUUUUUGUUACUGUGCAGUGUUGAA